UCCAAAUGCCUCAUUCUAGAGUCGGCCAAUAUCGGCACUUACAACUAACCUCAGCAGGCUCAGCUUUGAAGUUUUAGUCCUCUUCUACAAUACCAAGCAUUGGGCUAAUAACAUCUAAUAUACGCCAGAUGGUGCACACCAGCAAUGUUUAGAUCAUUGAAAAUGAACAAACUUUCCAUCUGCGUAAUCUUCUUUUCAUUGUUUCUCUUUCUCCACAGCACUAGUUCUACAGCACCAGCAGAUGACAAGCCGCACUCAAAGGGUUUUACCUCUAGCAAAGUUCUCAUUUACUCAGGGUAUGGUAUUUUGGCCUUGGUUUGUCUAGUGUUACUCAUUUCCAGGAUAUGUAGCAAAAUCAAAACAAAAAAUGAAAAGAAGGCUGUUGGUGCGCCAGUAAAGAACAAGGUAGCAUCAGUUGAUGAAAGCAUGGUCAGCAAAUAUAGUGCUUCAUCGACUGAGGACAAAAGCGGAAUCAGUCAAGCACAACAUUCAGUAACUUUCUCAGCCGAGAGCACUGCUAUGAUGAACUCCUCCUCACUUGUAGUCCUCUCCAGCCCGGUCAAUGGAUUAAACUUUGAAGAGUUGCUCAAAGCUCCUGCCGAGAUGCUUGGAAGAGGCAAGUAUGGUAGCCUCUACAAGGUCAUCAUUGAUUUUGGGGCAACCCUUGUUGUCAAAAGGAUCAAAGAUUGGAAAAUUUCAACUAAUGAUUUUAAGCUGAGGAUGCAGAGGUUAGACCAAGCCAAGCACCCUAAUGUCUUGUCUGCUCUAGCCUUCUACUCCUCCAGACAAGAAAAACUUCUGGUCUAUGAAUAUCAGUACAAUGGAAGCCUCUUCAGGCUCAUACAUGGAAACCAAGGGGGCAAAGCCUUUAACUGGACAAGCAGACUUUCCUGUGCAGCAACCAUUGCUGAAACAUUAGCUUUUAUGCACGAUGAUCUCCACAAAGAUGGGAUUGCUCAUGGAAACUUAAAAUCUUCAAACAUCUUGUUGAACAAGAACAUGGAGCCUUGCAUAAGCGAGUAUGGUCUUAUGGAGAUCAACGAUCAUGAUAAAAUAUUACCGAGGAAGGUGUCUGCUGCCAGUGGUGCUUCUACUACAUUUAAAGCAGACAUUUAUGGAUUUGGUGUGAUACUUCUUGAGCUGCUUACAGGAAAACUUGUGCAGCACGAUGGAGUUGACUUGACAUCUUGGGUUCACUCGGUGGUUCGAGAAGAAUGGACUGCAGAAGUGUUUGACAAGUCCUUAUAUUCGGAAUGCGCAAGCGAGGAGAGGAUGGUGAACUUGCUUCAGGUGGCUUUAAAGUGUGUCAAUCGUUCUCCGGAGGCUAGACCAGGCAUGAAACAAGUUGCUACCAUGAUCAACAACAUAAAAGAGGAUGACGACAAAUCCACAUUCUUUGAUGUAUGAACCAUGACUAUGAAACGUAGUGAUCUCCUUAUAAAUUAGUUGGAUUUGUGUUGAUAUAUAGACUUGCAAAGUAAAUUAGCACUUUUCUCCCAUAUCUGUAUUUUAAUGUACUAAGAGCUUUAUAUCAUAUCAUUAUAAGCACAUUUUGU